ACCGUUAUCUACCAACUACGAAGGCAGUAUAUCUUUGUAACUGGCCAGUAAUAAACGUGUUCUAUCAAAGUGAAGUGUUCCUUUUUAUUUUGAAUUUAAAAGGUGAACAAGGAGGUUCUAUUUUCGAAUUCGUGUGGUUCUGUUGUUUUGUAAGGUCAUGUCUUCAUCGAUCUACUACAGACUAGCAGGUCAGGGCGUGACCCUGGGCCUGCAUGGAGCCAACUCCGUGGUAAUGCUGCUCUCCAUGCAGAACGAGGAGCUCAUGAAGGACCCUGAUGUCAAGAGGAUGACUUCCAUGCAGAGCCGGUAUCUUACUGUUUGGAAUAUUGCUUUCCAAAUGUCAUAUUUCGCCCUGGCAUUCACUUGUGAUCUGCUGACUGUGACUGGCAGAGACAAUCUCAUACCAAAGAGUAUAAGAAGAUUCAGACAAAUUUACUUCUCUUCUAUCAUAUUUACAGUGGCUGCGGUAAUAUUCACAAUAUUCUGGCCGAUAUUCAUUUACGACAGAGAGCUCUUAUUCCCAGCGUUUAUCGACAAGAUAUUUUCCUUCAAAUCUAACUUGGUGAUGCAUUUCUGCAUCUUGCCUGCAGUGGUGUGGGAAUUUGCGUUUCUGCCAAGACAUACGCCUAAGUCGCAUGGGCUUAACUUGGGGAUAAUGGUAGCUUUGUUCGUCGUGUACAAUACUGUAAUUCUUCACACAUACUACGAAAGAGGAUUAUUCCCGUACCCAAUCUUUCACCACACGUACGGAACUAUCUACUUCCCGAUAUUCCAAGCCCUAGUAUUUUUCCUAGGUCUAAUUAUUUAUCUAGCACAAUUUAAACUAUAUUCUUUACUCUGGGGAAAGGAGAAAAUUCGUAAUGGUGGAAAGGUCAAAUCUUCUUAAAAUAUUCUUUUUUUUUUGGGAUAUUGUGUAUAAUCUGUGAUUAUUAUUUUUAAAUGUAAGUUUGUGUGUAUAAAGGGUGGUGAUGUUAAUUUGUAAUAAAUAAAGUUAAAAUAA